AGAAUUUUACCGGCUUAACAUCAUUACUUUAUCAUACAUAUAUACGGUAAUUCGUCUUUUUUUUUAAUUAUUCGGAUAUAUACAUACAUCUUUGAAACAAUAUCCCAUAAAAAUUUUUUUUGGAAAAUUUUAAAUUAAAAGGAUGACGAAUUCCGAAAAAUCUGUAUCUUAUUCAACAAAUGGUGAUGGAUCAAGCUCAUCGCAUCAGAUUUACAAUGUCUUGUUAACAAUCUUAGAAUAUAUUUUAAUUCAUUUGAAAUUUUUUUAUUAUAUUUUGGAACAUAUAUUCUUUAUGAUUUUUCCAAGAGAAGAAGAUGUUAAAGGUGAAAUAGUUCUGAUUACUGGAGCAGCUCAUGGUAUAGGAAAACAAACUGCUUUGAAAUAUGCUAGUCUGGGAGCUACUGUUGUUUGUUUAGACAUCAAUGAGAAAUUAAAUAAAGAGACUGUUAAAGAAAUUCAAAGUCGUGGUGGAAAUGCUCAUCAUUAUGUAUGCGAUGUCUUGAAACGGGAUGAUAUUAUUCAAGUUGCUGAAAAAAUAAAAAAUGAAGUUGGAACUGUAUCAAUUUUAGUGAAUAAUGCCGGAAUCAUGCCAUGUCAUUCCCUAUUACAACAUACAGAUGGUGAAAUUCGAAAAAUGUUUGAAAUUAAUGUAAUGGCACACUUUUGGCUUAUUCAAACAUAUCUACCUGAUAUGAUUACAAAUAACCAUGGACACAUUGUUGCAUUAUCUUCUUGUGCUGGUUUAUUUGGAUUGAGAAAUUUAGUGCCGUACUGUGCAUCUAAAUUUGCAGUUAAAGGUUUAAUGUUAUCGUUAGUAGAAGAACUUAGACAUGAUCCAAGAAAUUUAAAUAUUAAAUUUACAACAAUUUAUCCAUAUAUGGUUGAUACAGGAUUAUGUAAGAGACCAAAGAUUAAAUUCCCGAACUUUAUGAGAUUAGUUACUCAAGAAGAAGCAGCAGAAGCAAUUGUUAAAGCACAAAGACGUGGUAUUGAAGAAUUUGCAAUUCCAAAUCGUUUCUUGUAUCUACACCGUUUAAGUAGAUUAUUUCCACGAAGAGCUACAGACGUGCUAUUUGAUUUUAUGGAAGCCUAUGUUGAUAGUGAUUUGUAGAAUUAUGAAUGAAUAAAUUAUUGAGAAAAUUAUGAUUAAGUGAUGAAAAAAUAAAAGUUUGACAAUUUUUGUAAA